UUGUUUUGAUAUGUGUCUUUUUAAAGUGUUUAUCAAUGCAAUAAAUUGAAUGAAAGAGUAUGUUGGAAAAAUUAAAUAUUUUGAGAGUUUGAUUUACAUAAUUUUAGCAAAAUCUGAUAUUCUUAAAAUUGUGUACAUACUGAAAAUGCAUGUGUAAUGUGAUUUUAUGAAAUACUGUAAAUUAAUGCAAAAGUGGAGAUCUUUGAACAGCAAUGAACCAGUUGGAGGUCUCCAUCCUUAUAAGGAACAUGACAGGGUUGAAAUGGGUUCAAUUAGGGUUAUGAUGUGGUUGUUUUUAGGAACAUGGUUUGGUUAUCUGAAUGUCACAUCUUGAGGGGUAUAAUAGAAGAAGCAGUUGAUUUGCAACAACCAAACUUUGUACAUGUCUGUGUGUGUCUCCCUCUCUCCAACAUCUGUAACAAAAGAGUCUGUAGGCUUGGAAUUCUGCUUUAAGAGGAAGUUAGGGAAAUCCAUGAACACACAUACUCAGGAGGGCACAAUUUAAGGAUUUAGGAGGAGGAGGAGCACAACAACAGUGAUGAUAAUAGUGAUUCAGCAGCAAAGAUGGCCAGUGUUGGUGGCUGUAAUGCUGGUUCCUUUUGUGUGGAUGUGCCCUGUGCAUGGUGCUUUCACACUCUUUGGGUGUGAGAAGGAUGCGUGGCCUGAGCUUUUGCACACCACAGUGGGUGAUGCUUUAUCUGCCAUCAACACCGCAGGCAUUGUGAAGAAUGUGUAUGUGCAGCCACCAAGCUCAGGGUUGCCCCCUGCCAACAUGGGCACCCCUGCAGACAUCUGGGUCUACACAGAUGGAGCUGAUAUUGUGUAUGAAAUUCCCAAACGAGGCCUCUGGCAUCCCAAUCGAGUGGCUCCAGGAUGGCCAGACUUGGCAGGUUUAGAUUGUGUAGCAGGCAUGAACAGUAUCAAGCAAGAUUAUUUGGGUGUCACCAUUGUAUAUGGACCCAAGGGCUUCAUGCACAUCCAAGACUUUCAAAAGGAUCGUGUCUGGGUUGACAUUAAUCCUGAUGGCACAAUUGCUGCCAUCCCUGCCAUUGGUUGAAGCUGUGAUGUCUUUCCCUAUACCAGGUGCAUUAAUUUUGCUGUGACCCUGACAACAGUUGAGUUGCCAUUGCAAAAGAAUUGGAUUGUUUUUGUUCUUUGUAUCUUGAGUGUAUGCUCCAAUUUUAGUCAAGUGGUCAGUGUUGGAACCAGAGCAAGACAAUGGAAUUGUGUUUCAAUAUUAAUUUAAUUUUAAUGCUGUUGUGGUGCCU